AUGGAUUCCGCGACCUCCGCAGCCGCGCAGCCGCCGCAGGGCCUGCAUCGUGCUCGGCACGUCCGGGCACGAAGCGGCUGCGGCUGCGCGCUCAACCUCGUGCUGUUCCUGGCGGUCAGCGCGAGCUUCGCGGGCGCGGCGUACCGCGCGCGCCACCGCCCGCGCGACCUCGCGUUCGUCGGCACCGCCUACUACCUCCUCGCGCUGCUCGUGUGCUGCGUCGCCAAGCUUGAGCUCCUGCGGGACGACCCGGCGGCCGGGGACGCCCAGCGCCGGCGGGCCAGGCUCGCCACGUGGGCCGUCUCCGUGGCGCUGAGCGUCACGUUCGCUUCGCGCGUCGCCGAUGCCAUGCCGAUGCUGCCGCUGAAACUGGCAGUGUGGGGCAUCACCGCCGUGUUCCUCGCCCUGGGGCUCUACUUGCUUCUCUGCUGCCAGGACGCGGACCGCCGCGGCGCGGAGCCCCGGCGUGAACAGGAGGACCCGGGCAGCCGGCCGGCGAAGGCCUCGCGCGAGCUGUCCCCGGAGGAGAUGGCCUGA